AUGUUCAUGAAUCCCCCACUGACCAUCAGCAGCUACAAUGUCUGGGAUGAAAGGAACGGAGCGGUUCUGAGUCCACUUCAUGAACUCCUGCCAGAGGGUUCUUUGUCGUCGACCAACGCCCAGAUGCGGACCGGCGAGUGGCGUGUACACUGUCAAAUGCAACAAGUCGAGUUUCUGGGCGCGUGGGAGCGGGCGCCUCAGUUUCAUCCCGCUAUCGAGUCCGUCAAUACUCUGAUGACCGGCAUUACGAGUGAUCCUGGCUCCCCGAUGGAGAUCACGCCCUGGCCCAAGCACCUGCACAUGUCUCCCACAAACUCAACCAUCUCAACAAGUUCCGAGAUGCAAGUUUCCAAGAAUGUUGAGAGCCGGUCAACCGACAUUCAGUUCCCAUGCUGGCAGCAUGACAAGGAAAUUGUCGUUCGAACGGAAGUCAGACGAGACUUUUGGGGGACAUUGGUUCCUGUACACAAGUGGACUGCGCAGCACCGUCCCUAUAUCACCUCAUCGCAAGAACAGGACACUGACGAAGAAUGGAGUGAUUGGCAUUGA